UGUCAUCUUGCCAAAUAUUCCUCCUCUCGCGAAUUUUUCAACAUGGCGAUCGGCGUGGCACUUGUUUUGUGCAGUGUUUUGGCGAUUAUUUCCACCGUACAGGGUGGAGGGAAAACAUUGGUUUUACUGGAUUCACCGGGCAUAAAAGAAUCUCACUCAAUAUUCUUCAAUUCACUGCAAGAUCGUGGGUUUGAUUUAACCUUUAAAACAGCAGAUGACCCAGGUCUGAAGCUUGCAAAUUAUGGAGAGUAUAUAUACGAACAUUUAGUGCUGUUCUGCCCAUCAGUAGAAGAGUUCGGAGGUCAGAUUGCAGAAGGAUCUAUUACAGAGUUCAUUGAUUCUGGUGGAAACGUUCUGGUUGCUGCAAACUCAGAUAUAGGUGAACCAAUCAGAGAGCUCGGUACAGAAUGUGGAGUUGAUUUUGACGAGGAGGGGACGGCCGUCAUUGACCAUCUCAGCUACGACGUCAGCGACGAAGGACUGCACACACUUGUUGUCGCCGAUCCAGCCAAUCUGAUUGCAUCGCCAACAAUGGUCGGCACAAAGAGGUCCCUGCCAAUCCUGUUCAGUGGAGUUGGGAUGACCGCGGAUACAGACAACCCGUUGGUCCUUGACGUCCUUCACGGUGGCUCGUCCUCCUACUCCCACAACCCGACCAAGGACGUGACAGACUACCCCCACGCCGUGGGCACCAACACCCUGCUGGUGGCCGCCCUGCAGGCCCGCAACAACGCCCGCGUGGUCUUCAGCGGCUCCCUGGACAUGUUCAGCGACAAGUUCUUUCAGGCCUCGGUGCAGAAGGCUGCCCCAGGAUCCUCCAAAUCGGAUCGUUCAGGCAACCAGGACCUAGCCUUGGCCCUGUCUGGUUGGGUCUUCAAGGAGCAAGGCGUGCUGCGUGUCCAGCGUGUCUCACAUCACCUCGUCAAUGAGAAGAGCACUCCGGCUGCCUACACGGUGGAGGACCAAGUGGAAUACAAUAUUUGGAUUGAUAUUCUGGUCGACGGUAAAUGGAAGCCGUUCUCGGCCACUGACGUCCAGCUGGAGUUUGUCCGCAUUGACCCCUUCGUCCGAACCAAACUGACCGGCAAGAAUGGCAAGUUCUCCACCCAGUUCAAGCUGCCCGAUGUGUACGGCGUGUUCCAAUUCAAGGUGGACUACAAUCGCAUCGGCUACACCCAUCUGUACAGCACAACUCAGGUAUCUGUUCGGCCGUGGGAGCACACCCAGUUUGAGCGUUUCAUCCCCUCAGCGUUUCCCUACUACGCCAGUAGCUUCUCCAUGAUGUUUGGCCUCUUCUUGUUCAGCCUUAUCUUCCUCCACCACCGUGAAGACACCAAGGCCAAGAAGGAGUAACAAAAUCAUUUCAGUCACCUCAGACUUUCUAAAACACACUCUUAUUUCUUUUUAAGAUCUUUCCAUUUUUAUUUUGGUGUUUUUGGGGGGCAGUUCCAUUCGUGAUCAUAAUGUAAAAUAAAAUGGAUUUAAAUGUGACCCAUCACAACUAAAUUGCCACUUAGCAGACCAGUGGAGCAAAGCCAAACUUUAAGGGGGUGGUUCAGUUUUUGUUUUUAGAUGAUCUGUAGGACUUGCAGCCAAUUUCGCCAAACUUUACACAAUGCCAUAAGUCCACUUGCAACACAAAUUCAUUGCGCAAGUUGCGCAACAUUUCAGCUAUUAAAAUUUCAUGACAGUUUCAUAGUGCGUACGUUUCGCUUACAAAUUGUGGCGAAUUUACGCAAUCAUUUUAGGUGGCGUAAGUUGUGGUGUAACGACUGAAAAUGACAUAUUUUACCAGCAAAUCGUGAUCGUCGUGGAGCCUGUUAUUGCACAACUUAUCAAGGUUGAUACAAGACACUGGCAGCUUUGCGUUUGAGGUAAAACAGUUUUUAAAAUUGCCGCUCGAUUCCAAAAAAAAAAAGACGGACCAAAAAAAUAUAUUCAAACUGGCCGGCAGAGGUGAUUUACGAACUGUUUCACGAACAAACAAAAUCGUCCACAAACAGCCGUCGUAAAUGCUGUUAUUAUCCUCGUCCAAGAUGUUUAGAUUAUUUAAAACGUUGCGCAGCUGUCCAGGUUUCAUGAUUUUGAUCAUUAGUUUAUUGCGCAGCUGUACAUCAAGUCCUUCGCAUGGCGUAAGUUGCGCACUAGUUCAUAAAAUCGGCCGCAUGUCCAUAAGAUUUGCUUUAUGUUCACAUGUGUUCCUUUCACAUUGGAACUGUCCCUUCUUGAAGUGGCUCAAUUUUAUAAGCUUGGUAUAACUGUCAGGUCUAAGAGUCUAAACUUGGAAUGUACAUUAGAAGCUCUUUGCAUUUGGGCAGAUAACGUGUAGGUCAAUUCAUUCUAUGUCUUUUUCACUCCAUAAAAUUGGAACUACACUCACUUUUCUGCAUACGCAUGUGUGACAACUGAGUUUAGGCAAAAGAAAAACAAUUCACUUUUACCUUGGUGUACUAAGAGGAAAAAAUGGUACUGCAAACUUCUGUGAGAGUAAACUUUUCUAUCUUAAACCGUACAUUGGAUCAUCUUGUACUAAAUUGAAAGGUUUUGUACAAUUUAGCUGUGCCUUAUUCAAAUGGAUUUUUUUUUUCAUUUUUAAGCGCACAGCAGAAAUUGGGUUUUUUUUACAAAUUUUGAUGGUUACAAGCACAUUGAUGUAAUUAAUUGAAAAGAAGGGAACAAAAAUUGUCUUGUGCAGUGAUUUGGGAAAUAAAAGUUUACGAAAAAGAAA